AUGUCACAACAACCACAACAACAAUAUACAUCGACCACCUCCUCCAUAGUGUCUACAACCUUGCCUUCAUCUCCCAAUGAACUCGUGGCAAAUUCCUCUCAUGAACCACCCAUGAUGAUCACCACCUCUCCUCAUUCAUCCUUCCAAUAUCCUUCAACGAUAUCAACCAUCACAACAAGUAGUAUGAAAGAAUCGUCGAACCACAACAAGGUUAGCACACCCAUUGCCUCUACCUCAACAACUUUAGCCACUCAUCCAUCCUUUGUUCAAUCAUCAUCAUCACCACCACCACUUGUCUCAAAAAUCUCCUCAAGUUUUCAUUCUUUCCCGUUCAUGGGUAGUAGUAGUAGUGGAAAUGAUUUUCAAUUUUACACGUCGUUUCAUUCCUUUAUUCAUGAUCCUCAAGCUCGACAUGCCUUCAUGCAAUAUUUACAGAGUCGACAAAAUGAUGAGAAUAUUUUGCUUGUCAACGAUGUGUUUCUCAUGAGGGAUCAAGUGAGACAUGUGGUGAGGAAUUUAUUUAACAUUUUGGGGAGCUCUUUUAUGAAGAAUUCUUCCUUUCAGUGGAAUGCAACAGAGGUGACAAUGAGUCAUUCGGAAUGGAGUCACCCAAGUGGCAACUCAAAGAGUUCUUCUUCCUUUCAUGACGAAUCAAAAACGAACAAUACAAAUACAUCUUCGGAGGAAACUCUAUUGGAAUUCUUGCAUGAUUCAACAGCAAUGGAAUGUGCCAUGGCGACUAAUACGUCACACUCACUUCCUUCACAAAUAUCAGUCACAAAAGACAACAUGCACUCACCCAAUCAGUCACAACACCAUGCACGUCAUUCGGAUCAAUCGAAUAGUUUCAUCGUUUCCUUCUUUUCGUUGGGAAAAAGUCCUAAAAGUCCAAAAAGUCCAGAUCAAAUGGCAUCCACUAACUCUCUGAUGAGCCCUCCCAACUCUCCACCUCAUUCUCAUUUGUUUUCGCUUCACACAAUGCUGUCAAAUCAUACGAAUCCCAUAGAGUCUCAACAGCAUCAUCAUCACCAUGGCCAACAACAGCAUCACAGUCGUCAUAACUCGUCCAACAAAUCAAAAUCUGCAUUUUCCUCUAAAAGCAGUAACGAAGAAUUUCUCAAUUAUGAAAAUAAUGUCAUGCUCGUCGAUAGUCCAACUUCCUAUCGACGAAGUAGCAACGCCUCGGCUGCUGCUGCACCAAACAAUUCCUUUUCGUCAUCUCUGGAAGAAGUUGUAGCUCCGUCGCAACGAUUUUGGGAUAGUGUCAAUGCAAUGCUUCAAAGUGUGGAAUUAAUUUAUAGUAGAUAUGUGAAUGACAAUGAGAGUAACAGUACGAAUACUUCAUUUUCUUCCUCUUCCAUUCAAAACUAUGAUCUUUCAAGUGUUAAAUUUAUUUCUCUCAAUACGACACAUACAGUGUUGGAGCAUGCUCGAAAGGACUACAAUAUGGUCAUGAAAAUAUUUAACAACACUCGUUGUAGCUUUUCAAAUCAAGAUGGAUUAUUGGAAAAUGUCAUGCGAUUUUGUAAUUACAUGCUGUACGAAAAGGAUCACCGAUUAAGUGAAAAGGAUUUGGAAAAAUUGAAGAAAAUAGUCAUUGCAGACGAAUGUUUGAUAGAUACCUUAAAUGAUCAUGUUCAUUCGAAUGAAGACAUUGAUUCAAUUUUGAAACAAGAAAUGUUUGCACAAUUCAAAUGGUAUCCAUUCAGAGAUUUGAUGACUAAUAUUUCACAACAGCUACAAGUGGAAUCGUUUGACGAGUUUAAAUCGACGCCAGAAUUUGAAAUAUUUAUCAGAAAACAAAUUCAACAAUUGACUUCACACUACAUGUACAAAUUAUUCGUUCAAAAUGUUGGUGUUAUUCCAGCCAUGGAUAUGAAUGAUUAUGUUCUAUCAAAAAAGAAAAAACGAAAAUCAUUGGUGGAUGUCUUAUUGAGGAGGAAAGGAACACCUAACAAUGACAAUGACACAUCGUCCUCUUCGAUUGAAGACUCCCACACAGUAUUUCAUGGUUCUCACAAAUCCUCUUUCAAUGAAAGUGUUUCCGCAACCACCAUUCAAGAUGAAUCCUUUGUGAAUGCCUUACAACAAAAUUACAAUUCCAUUCUCAUGGCCAUGGAUCAUUGUGACCUUAAAGAAUGGAUGUCACCAAUUCCAAUACCCAAAUGGUCCAGUGAUCAAGUGUCCAAAUUUUUGGUGAAUAAUUGUUAUUUUGGAGGAGAUGGAGCUGUGGAAAUUUAUUGUGACCGUGUUCAAAAAAAGAGUAUUACUGGCCUUGAUUUAAUGUGUUUGAUGGAACCAAAUCAAAUUUCAAAGCCGUCCAAAGAAACUUCUCAACUCUUCAAAAAUCUGAAAAUGAAAAAUCAUGAUCAUCAACAACGAUUCAUUUCCAAUCUCAAGGAAUUUCUUCAAAACCAAUCGAAAUUUAGAAGGAAACAAAGUUUACUCUAUCAUGACUUGUAUCAACCAUUGGUGAAUGAUGAACACAUUAUUAUUAAGGUUCUGUCACCUCUCACCGAUGAAUCUCGAGUUUUCUCUGUGGAAAGAAGUAUUCCAUUGGAACAAUUGCGACAACGAAUUGAAGUUGAAUUUUCCAACACAAAAUUGGCAAGUCUCAUGGAAGGCUCUCUUUUUGAGCUCAAAUCCUUGUACACAAGUGACGGGACUGUCAUUAAGGAUCAGUUUCAACUUUCUCAAUUUCUAUCAAGUGAAAAUUCCACAACAAUUUCAAGAAGAAGAAUGACUAACGGAGACAUGUUCUUUCAAGACAUUAGGGAUGAGAACUCUGUGGAAUCAAAUCCUUCCGAAAGUCAUGGCAACAACAUGUUGGACUCGAAUAACUUUUUACAAGGUGAAGAUGGAUUCAAAAAAUUGUAUAUUCAACCCUCGUGCGAUAAGAAAUUCCAGAGACGAAUGGUCGUUUAUUGA